AUUAUCAAUGAAUGUUCUCCAACAUUCUAGACUAUGUACGCAUACGCUUAUAAAGUAUGACUACUAGUAUUCGCUUUAUUAUUUGAAUAAGAUGAGUUUUUCGCCAAAAAAUAUUUCUAGCCUACCAGAUACUACUGAUAUAAAUACCAAUACUACUGUCAGCACUAAUUUCAAACUCUUUAAAUACACUAGAAAUCAAAGUUUUGCUGAUAUUAUUCGUAUUGCUUUAGAGAAACGAGAAGAAAUUUAUCAACAACAAAGUGAACUUCAAAUCACUCAUCCAAUUCCUUCUGAUACUUUAUCUUCAUUUUUGCCAAAUAGAAAGAGAACACAACUACCUGUUACACAUCUUCCAUAUCAUCAACCAAGACGUUCAUACAGUACAGAUAAUUUAACACAGUUUAUAAAUAUGCCAUUCACUGAAAAACGUAAAAGUUCAAAACGACCAAGAUCUUUGCAUAAAAGUCCACAUACAUCAGUGAUUAAUUUGAAUAGUAUUGUUAGAAGUAUUGGUGAAAAUGAAUUACGCCAAGAAGUACAUGAUUUAUUAGAUGAAGUUGAAAAUCAUGUUAUGGAUCAUUCUGAUGAAAUUAUUACUGGUACUACGAAUGCUUCUACUACUACUACUACAGUAACUGAUGCUAAUAAUAAGCAUACAUUUACUGGAGGGGGACUAAAAAGAGAAACAUUUGUUGAUUUAGGCGGUUUAGAAUUACCAAUAGCUGAAGGUGAAUUAUCUGAAAUUGAACGUAUCUUUCUUUAUGCUGCUGAACAAGGUGAUCUUGCAACAGUGAAACAAUUAACAGAUGAAGCAAUCGAAUUAAAAUUAAACUUAAAUUGUACAGAUACACUAGGACGUGAUGUAUUAAGAAUUGCUAUUGAAAAUGAACAUAUGGAGUUAUUACAAUUUCUUGUUGCUAUACCAAAACUUGAUUUAAAAGAUUGUAUUCUUCAUGCUAUCAAUGAAGAUAAUGUUGCUGCAGUAGAAAUCAUUUUACAUGCACAAAAUGAACGUGCUAGUAAAAAAGAUUUAAAGGGAUUACUUGGACGCUUCCAGUCAUCUCUGUUUACACCAGAUAUCAAUGGUAUAAUUUUAGCAGCUCAUCGUGAUAAUUACGUGAUUUUAAAAUUGUUACUUGAUCGCGGUGAUCGUAUACCUAAACCACAUGAUUUACGAUGUGCAUGCAAUUUGUGUACACAAGCUAGACGAGAAGAUGGAUUACAACAUUCAAAACUGAGAAUCAAUACUUAUCGAGCGUUAACAAGUCCAUCAUUUAUAAUACUGACAAGUAAUGAUCCAAUUUUAACAGCAUUCGAGUUAAGUUGGGAGUUGAAGAAACUGGGUGAACUUGAAAAUGAAUUUCGAACUGAUUAUGAAGAAUUGCAAGCAAAAUGUCAACAAUUUGCAACCGACAUGUUAGCUCAAACACGUAGUUCAGCUGAACUGUCAGUUGUACUGAAUCAUGAUACUGGUGGUGAUGCAACAGGCAGUCAUGUUGGUGGUAUAGAUCGUCAAUCAUAUUCCGAUGACAUCAGUGAGCGAAUGCAAUUAUCACGACUGAAGUUAGCCAUCCGAUAUGAACAAAAACAGUUUGUAGCACAUCCACAUUGUCAACAAUUACUAGCUGCAAUCUGGUAUGAAGGUUUACCUGGAUUUCGUCAAAAACCAAUGUUUGCCCAAUUGACAACUAUAGCAACAUUAUGUUCAAUGUUCCCUUUACUGGCUACAUUCUAUAUGCUUGCACCACAUUCAAAAAUGGGUAGUAUGAUGAAAAAACCAUUUAUUAAAUUUUUAUGUCAUAGUAGUUCAUAUUUAUCAUUUCUAGCAUUACUCACACUGGCUGCUAUACGUGUUGAAUUCUUAUUGACAAAUUCUCUUGAUCAACGUAUGCAUGAUCGUGGACCAACACCGUCUAUAACAGAGUCAGCUUUAGUUGUCUACGUUAUAGGUUUUGUUUGGCAACAAAUGAAAAAGUUGUAUAUAUGGGGUUUAAGAGCUCAUUUAACAGAUAUGUGGAAUCUUGUAGACUUUGUCAUGAAUGCACUUUAUAUAGCAACUAUAUCAUUGAGAACGGUAGCUUGGGCUAGAACUGUGUUCUACAAUGAACCACGUUAUGUAAAUCGUGGCCAAUGGGAUUCAUUCGAUCCAGUGCUUGUUUCAGAGUGUUUAUUUGCUGCCGCGAAUAUUGUAUCUACAUUGAAAUUAGUCUAUGUAUUCACUGUUAGUCCACAACUUGGUCCAUUACAAAUAUCUCUUGGUAGAAUGUUGUACGAUAUAUUUCGAUUCUUUUGUGUUUACUUCCUUGUACUGGUGGCAUUUGCAUUUGGUUUCAACCAAUUAUAUUGGUUUUAUGCAAAGAAUCGAGCUAGAAAUUGUAAAAAUGUUCAUUUUACACUGGAAGAAGGUCAAAAAGAUGUGUAUGAUUAUUGUAUUACACGUGGGACUUAUUUUACAAAUUUGUUUGAAAUUGUUCAGUCAUUAUAUUGGUCUGCUUAUGGUCUGAUCGAUUUGACAAGUUUCAAUUUGGAAUAUCCUCAUGUGUUUACGGAGUUUGUAGGUAAACUGACAUUUGGCACCUAUUCCUACAUCGCUUUCAUUGUACUUUUGAAUAUGUUAAUUGCUAUGAUGAACAGCUCUUAUGAACAAAUUGUGGGUCAAGUAGAUGUAGAAUGGAAAUUUGCACGUUCAAAAUUAUGGAUAAGUUUUUUUGGUGAAGGUUGUACUGUUCCCGUACCAUUCAAUAUUAUACCCACACCAAAAGCAUUUAUGUAUAUGCUGAAUUCAUUUAGAAAAUUAUUUGUCAAUUGUUAUAAAGAAAAAUUACAUCGUAAUAAUUGGGAAACAAUUCGUCAACGCGUAAAACAAGUGAAGGAACGUGAAGCACGUUAUCAAGUUGUCAUGCGUGAAUUGACAAAGCGUUAUAUUAUGCAAAAGCUUAGAUCUAGUGAAAAUGAUACUGUUAGUCCAGAUGAUUUAAGUGAAAUUAAAGGGGAUAUCAGUGCUUUCCGACAUGAAUUAUUGGAUAUACUUAAAUCGAAUGGAAUGAAAAUACCAGAUUAUCAUAAGACAGUUUCUAAACUUCGACGUGGUCGUGACACAUAUCAAAUAUCUGAAAUACAAGAGAUGGUACGUGGUAAAAAGUUCAGAGAGUCGAUUAAACGAACAAGUGACAAUACUGAAGAAGCUAAAGUGAAAUCAUCAAAACCAUUACUAGGUGGUUUAAUACACUCCAUUCAGAAAAAAGCAACAACUCCUUCCAAAAUUGCUAGAAGUGAUUCAAUCAAAUCUUUGAAGCCUAGUAAUAGUAUUGAUAGCAGUAAGUUUGCUGUUGGCCUCGUCGAUGGUGGUCCAGUAGAUAAUCCAGCCUUUGAUGACGAAGAAGUUACUACUAUGGGCAAAAAGGAAGCAUCUCUUCCUGUAAAUGGAACAAAGUCAACUCAAGCGAUUUCCAUUAUAGAUCAGGAAAAUUUCGUGUCGGAUAAUGUGAUUCAACCAAUCCACCAACGGUUACUCCAUGUACUAGUACUAUAGUAUGUGAAGAAGUGGUAGACUACACUACUGAUCAAACGCUAAUUAGUAGUAGUACAGCAUCACAGCAUAUAAAUUCGUCACAACUACCACUUCAGUCAACAAGUCGAACCAUAAAAACAACACUAGAAGAAACAAAAGAUGGUAAUAAUUACACUACUCCAAAAAGUUCAACUGAAACAAGACAUCCAGAUAACAAGAAGUCAUCUUUAAAAGGUAAUAUUUCAGACAGAAUAGUGGUGGAAAACCAACAAACUGGAACACUGACAACACAUCCUGAUGCAUGUCGUUCAACUGAUAAGGAGGUUAGACAUCGUAAAAAAGGCGAUAAACAGAAAACAGAGUAUCAUUCUCCGCAUUUGCAGGAUCAGCGUAGUGAUUUUGUUUGAAUUCAAAGAUGAUAUCUACAGAAAGGAAUGGUUGAAAGAAUGAACAAUAUUCGCUUUGUUAUUUGUUUGAUCCUGCUGGAUAGGAUAACUUAAUUUUUUUGUAGUAAAGUUAAUGAAGUUAAAAAAUCACUUGAAUAAAUUUUGUUUUUCUAA